AUGUCAGGGUGGAGCAAUGGAAGCUCCAACAUGUCCUACACCAGCUUCCUCCUCGUGGGCUUCCCAGGGCUGCAGGAGUCUCGCGCCCUCCUCGUGCUGCCCUUCCUCAGCCUCUACCUGGUGAUCAUCUCCGCUAACGCCCUGGUCAUCCACACGGUGGUGGCCCAGCGGAGCCUGCACCAGCCCAUGCACCUGCUCAUUGCCCUGCUCCUGGCUGUCAACAUCUGUGCUGCCACCACGGUGGUGCCUGCCAUGUUGCUCAGCUUCUCCACACUCAGCUUCAACCGCAUCUCCCUGGCUCGCUGCCUGCUCCAGAUGUUCUGCAUCUACUUCUUCAUUGUCUUUGACUGCAACAUCCUCCUAGUCAUGGCCCUGGACCGCUAUGUUGCCAUCUGCCACCCUCUCCGCUACCCUGAGAUAGUGACAGGCCAGUUGCUGGCCGGCCUGGUGGGGGCAGCAGCUGCCAGGAGCACAUGCAUUGUUGCUCCAGUGGUGGCACUGGCCUCCCGGGUUCGCUUCUGCCGCUCACAUGUGAUCUACCACUUUGCCUGUGAGCACAUGGCCCUGAUGAAGCUCUCCUGUGGGGACAUCUCCCUGAACAAGACCGUGGGCCUCACUGUCCGCAUCUUCAACAGGGUCCUGGACAUGAUCCUACUAGGAGCCUCCUACUCGCGCAUCAUCCAUGCCGCCUUCAGGAUUUCGUCAGGUGGCACGCGUUCCAAGGCCCUGAACACCUGUGGCUCCCACUUGCUGGUCAUCUUCACCGUCUACUCCUCCACCAUGUCUUCGUCCAUUGUCUAUCGGGUGGCCCGCACCGCCUCCCAGGAUGUACACAACCUGCUCAGCGCCUUCUACCUGCUGCUCCCGUGUGUGGUCAACCCCAUCAUCUAUGGGGCCAGAACCAAGGAAAUCAGGCAGCACCUGACGACUCUGUUCCAAAGGACACAGUUACAGGUCCCCACAGAGAAGCAUCUGUCCCUGCCUUCACAGAGGGAAAUUCCUGGCUGA